GUCCCCUUCCGCUGUUGGGCCAGUUUGGUGAGGGCCACUUGACGCCGUGGCACAGGCUAAUUCGGCAGUCUUUGGUCCGUGUGCUUUCGUACUCACUGAGCCCCUCCAUGGUGUCCUGCUAUCGAACCUUGUUCCCGCUGUUCUGGUCGCUCUUUCUGCAAUGCGUCAGCGAGACGUGUGUUGCCUUUGGAUAUAUGCGUUCUGAGAAGCUUGCUCCUCCUAAAAGAACCCGUAUCACCAACCGAGGCCCUUUAUUCGAGGGCGAAGCCGUUGAACUAGAGUGUGUCAGCACCGGCUCUCGUCCUCCCGCCGAAGUGGUCUGGCGACUGGAACACGAGAUCCUUACCGACGCUUACAUCUUCGUCUCCCCUGACGAGAAUUCAACGACAGCCGCGGUCAGUUUUACACCUCGUCGAGAACACGAUGGAAAAGUUCUUCUGUGCGAAUCUUUCAACCCUCUUCUAGAAAACAGCUCGUCGUUCGAAGAAUGGACCGUCAGUGUGUACUACAAGCCGGAGGUGAAGCUGACCCUUCUAUCUUUCUGCGAGAAGCAGCAUCGUACCCAUGCAGUCCAUCUGCGCUGCGAAGCCAAUGCAAAACCUCGCGUGACGCGUAUCACAUGGAGACUUAACGGCACCGUAGUGGACUUUCAGAGACCCACGAGACACGGGGAUAAACAGUGGGUCUCAGCGGCUGGGCUCAAGACCAACUUCACGGGCUCCUUUGAGUGCAGCGCGGAAAACAGCGAAGGACGGACCGUCAGUGACGCCUUACUGCUGCCAAGAUGUUCCCAAGCCACACAGCUCACUUCAUUUGCACUUCUGGGGCUAUGCCUGGUGUGGAGUAUGACCUCUUCGUAACGCCUCUCCAGUCUAGGUUACGGAUUGGACGUCCAUGCAGUACUAUGUCGCAUCAUGAUUUUUGACCCCAUCUGGAUAAUUCCAGUGUCCCCGACACUGCAAUUUUUUUGGAAAUAUUAGCUACAUGGUGGUACAUCAGAGUAAAUUUAUUUCUUAGGCACUUAAUCAUUCGAAGAGGUAGAGAGUGGAGCAUUUACUCUCGUCACAAUACCUCAUCACAACAACCCGGUUCCAGUCGUGUGACCUAGCGGUUACGGUUUAAUUCUUUGCCUUAUCUUCAAAGCACGGAGACACAGCCACACCUGAAUGCAGGAGGUAAAUCACUAGAAAUAUGGAAUGAAUGCAAGAAAUAAAGAGUUUCGCACGUGUUA